GAAAUAAACAUUGAACACCGACGCCGGGGCCCAAUCCCUCUUGAGCGCGACUCUAUUAAAGCGACAAACAUUCACAAACACAAUGCGACGGCCAUGACGUCUGUUCAGCAACGCCUGCAGGCGUCCAGCAAGCCUCGAGCUGGGCAGCCGUCAGCUGGCCCCAGACCGCCCCAACAACCGCCAUCAGCGAACGCGCAUGGCGCGGUGCCGACAGCCUCGCCUUUGUCUCUAUUUCUGACAAAUCUGCGACUCUUGGACCUCGAUCGAAGGCGCGACUGGCCGGAUAUAUCGACACGAACCUUUGCCACAGGCACGACUACAGCUCAGGGGCAGAAGAAGCGGGUGCAGAGCGUGGAAUGGGCGUUGUUCCAGCUGUUUGCCCUCUGGGACCCAGAGGAGACGGCAAACAAGCUGAAGCCCUAUUUCCCGCCACUCGAUCAAGUACAGUCUAUCAACCUUCGCGCUGCGCUGCUCCGCUCCCUCGAGAACGCCAAGAAGAACGGCGUUCUAGGCCGCGAUGCCCUUCUCCGAAAGACCAUGCUAGACGAGUGCAAAGGCGAGCGGUUGGAAGAAGUCUUGGCCGCAUUCUCCGCGGCAGUCCUGAGGAAGGUCGCGGUGGACCAGCUACAGGGCCACCCAGCGCUGUCACUUACUUUGACACUGGAGAACAAGGGUUACAAUGACGACAAGAAUGAGCUGUCCACACUGAUUCUGGCGCACAAGCAUUCGCUGGGCAAGAUCAAGGAAAGAAGACGAGAUACCACCAGGAGAUACCGCCACUUUGAGGGACUGCUGGGCGUCAAAGAAAGAGGUCUCGCCCAGAGAAAGGAGGAAGCCCUGCGUCGGGAACAGGGCGGACCCGGAAAGACGAUAUCUGAGGAGGCCAGAGCUGAGAUGGCCAGACUCGUGAGAACCAACUGGACAGGAAAUGAGAAGUGGAUGAACAUCCUUGUCCAAGGGGACGCAACAGAGAAGAAGGACGGACCGUUCGGUAUGCCGCUCGAUCGAGUGUGGAGGCGGGUCGAGCAGGAUAGGCUGGGCGAGGUCGAGGCGAAAGAUGCUGGGCUUCUGGAGCAGCUCCACGGGCGGGUGACGAUGCACCGGGAACGACUCGACAAAUGGCAGCGCUUUCGCGCGAGCAUGUACGGUGAAAGGCCUGCGCAGACGGCAUCGAGCUCGAAAACCAAAGCCGAGUCACAAGGGAAAGGCAUGGAUCUUGGGCUUGGUGCGCACGAGGAGCUGAGGCUGUGCAGAGCGACGGGGACCAGCAAGACUCCAAGUCAAGGACUACGACUCACCAGUGACUAUCAGGAGAUGCUGCAAGGACUGAAGGACGAGCUUGCCGAGGCUGGGCACAAGCCUAGCCCGUUACCCUUUCUUCAAGCAAAGGGGAAAGGGAAGAGAAUCUCCAUGGGCACGCAAGAGUCAAUUAGCGAGAUCUCGGAGCUGAGUGAGUUGGAAGACGACACCAUGGAUCGAUCACCAGAUGAAGGUCUCGUUCAUUCUGUCCCGGCAAUGAACGACGAGCAAACCAUACGCCCCGGCCUCUCACGAGCCAGCUCUUCAAGCGAGGGACUGAGCAGUCCUUCAAAGCCGAGGCGCUGCCAAAAUUUCACAGACGAUGACGACGAUGAGGCCGGCGACGGUGAAGACGACGAUACCGUGCGCCUCGACUUCCAACCCAAGCUCAGGCCAGACACAAGUCUGUCCCCGAUUCGGCGGCAAAAGACGCCCAUUCAGCAAGCCGCGCCGUCUCUCACACAGGCUGCUGCUGACCGGAUCCUCGAGUCCAUGAACGACGCAUCACCUUCCCCCAAGAAGAAGUCCAGACCUAGACAUACGUUGUCGUUGGCCGAUAGAACCCGUCUCUCAAUGGCUCCUCGUGGAUCAUCCAUCUUCCUCGAAGAGGAAGAAGGCGAGGGGGGCUCAGAAACCAACAAGCCUACCCCCGCUACUACGUCAGCUGAAACGACGGAAACUCUCGAAAACGACAUUCUGGAGGAUCUAGCUGCUCGCACUCGCCGCAGCAUGGCUGGCUUCGAGAACGCGCGGCAAAAGGCCCAGGUGGAGCGACGGAGAUCGCAGAGGAAGUCUAGAGUCCCCCCGCGGCGCGAAGGGAGCUACUUCCCCAAGCUGGAGGAGCAGGACACCCUGACGGAAGAAAUGAUCGCAGAGGAGGACAUGGAGGCUGUCUUUCGCUCGAGACCCAAGAUCCAGGCGAGCCCAUUGCCAAGUCCGACGAGGGAAGACUUUGGCGAUUAUUGAAGCCUUCCACGGAUGUACCUGAUAUACAACAUUGACCUUGCAUAAUCUCUAUGAUUCAUAAC